AUUUAGUUACAACUUGUACUUGAUCCAUUCCUCAAGCUACCUGCUUAAGAGUUUGAUUUAGAUUCAAAGCCUUUUCUCCAAAUUCCAAGUGUAGAGGAAACUGUAUGCUAUAUAUAACUUUGUCGAGGUUAUCUAUCUUCAACAAACUAACCCCUUGUCACACACUCUCAUGAACCCAAUCUUAUAUCACGAGAAUGGUUUUUCUAGAUCUAUAAGGCUACUUAAUCCCUCUCUUACUUUCUUGAUGAAACAAAAUGAAGGAAACAAUGAUCACAAGAUGAUUGGAAUGAAAAACUUAAACACAUAGUAUGAAAAGUUUUAAUUCUUUCUCUCAAAGAUGAAGGCUCUUCUUUUCUUUUCUCUUACUGUUGCUUCGACCUCCAAUGGCCUAUAUAUAUUUAUCCUUCAAAAUUGCUUAAUUUAGGCUUUUAGCCAUUGCAUUAGAUUUGGAAAUAAUCUUGGUCAAUUUGGAAUGUAAAACUUGUCUUUCAAACUUUAGUUCCAAACUUUCUUUAUAAGUUCCAGACCUUUCUUAAACUUCUUGACUACUAGUGCUGAUGAUUCACAAAAGUGUUAGACCUUUUCUCUUGGGGUUGGAACUUUUCAAUUGAAACUUGCAAAUACAAAAGCAAUAGCUAA